AUGUUAGCGGCUACACGAGCACUGGGGCGCUGCAGAUUCAAACGCACCUUAUUUCCUGAGGUAGCAGGGGAGGGCAAGGAGCUGGGCUGGGGCACGGGGGAGCAAACAGAGUCAUCCUUCUUCUGCUGCAACGAGGGCAGCUACAUCCGUCAAAUUGAGGGCCCUGGAGGACUGUGGGACUCUGUGAAGAAAGCUGUGCUUGUCAUCGGAUCUGGAUUCUUAUUCUUGGCUGCAUUCGGCAACUCACUGACAUGGUAUCUUCAGAAAUUCUGGGGAGCUUCAGGAGAUUUCUGGCAGAACCUGUGGACCACGUUGUAUGUGGCAUUUGAAGGACAUGAUGCUGCUUUGUUCUUCUUAGUCCACCAUCCUGCCCUCUACAAGCAUGUCCACAAACAGCACCACGAGUGGACCGCUCCCAUUGGAAUCGUCAUCCACUACGCCCACCCUCUGGACCAUGUAAUUGGCAGCAUGCUGCCGGUGUUGAUUGGGCCCUUGAUCCUGGGCUCCCACAUAGUCACUACCGCUUUCUGGUUCUGUCUGGUUCUGGUCUUCGCCACCAAUAUGCACUGUGGUUACCACCUCCCCUUCCUGCCCUCCCCCGAGUUCCACGACUUCCACCACCUCAGCUUCAACCAGUGUUUCGGGAACUUUGGCGUGCUGGAUUGGCUCCAUGGCACCGACACCAAAUUCCGGCUGACCAAGCAGUAUGAGCGCCACAUCCUGCUCACCAGCUUCACCCCGCUGACCGAGAGCAUCCCUGACACACCCAAGGAUAAACUUUUAGAUCCCAAGAACUGGGAGUAGACAGAGUUAGCUGGAGGAGGGCAUGGUGAAGGUUAGGUUCAUAUUAAGGAAUAGUUCAGGACUUUUUAAACUGGUGUUAAAACAAUAUUGAUGUGUGCCUACAUAUGUGAGAAUAGGUCUGUUGUCACUUACACUGACCAUGAAUGUUUCCCCCAGAAUGUAACUACAGUAUGCUGCAAAAUAUGACGGC